AUGGCGACCAAUCUUGCCGUUUUCCAUCCCGCUCCGAUCAGAGCUUCUUCUUCUGGAAAAUCCGAACCUAAUCGCCGGAAGGCCACCGCGCCAAAGUGGUGGUCCCCGAUCUUCGGCUGGUCUUCCGAACCGGAUUACGUCCUUUCUUCCGCCGCGGAACAGUCGGUUCUGAAUGCCGAACCGGAGCUCGAAGGUGGAAGAACCAGAUCCAGAUUUGCACCUGGAUGCUUCACGGAGGAGAAGGCGAAACUUCUCCGAAUGAAAACGCUGGAGAGCUCCACUUUCCAUGACAUUAUGUACCAUUCGGCGAUCGCGUCGCGUCUCGCUUCCGAUUUGUCGGACCGAAGCAAGAAAUAG